AUGAGCAUCGAAUCCCCUGAUUACUCAGAUCAAUCUAUCAAAGAGCUGUCGCAGAAAAUUGCCGAGCAAAUAGUAGCGUGGCCACCCGAGCACCGUCUGGUGGCUACGCCUCAAUCGACAUGGACAUUCACGCAGGGUUUUAUUUUGGGCCAGCUUUCUGUCAUCGUACUAUUCGUUAUGUUCAUCAGGUUUUUCAUUUUCAGUGAAAGCGCACCCACCGUACCGGGCAACUCGAAGAAAGUAAAUGUUCCUGUGUUGAAUGCACCAAAUGCAGCCCAGGAAAAUGAGGACUCUACGAUAGACACAAUUCUGGAAAAAACAUACUACGACGUGCGCAGCCACCAGCCCGAAUCCCUCGACUGGUUCAAUGUGUUGGUCGCCCAACUCAUAUCGCAGUUUAGAAACGAGGCCCUCAACAACAACAAUAUCCAUCGCUCGCUGAACGAAGUAUUUGGGUCCUCAAUCGUACCGGAUUUUCUCGACAAAAUCGUGAUUACAGAAAUAAGUAUAGGCAACGAUUUCCCCAUCUUCAGCAAUUGUCGGAUCAAGAAUACAGACGGACGACUAGAAGCCAAAAUCGAUGUCGAUGUGGCAGAUACGCUUACGUUAGGAGUCGAAACAAAACUUUUGAUCAACCAGCCAAAACCGCUAGCAGCGUCGCUUCCGGUCAGGUUGUCGGUCUCUAUUGUCAGAUUUUCUGGCUGUCUUACUGUCUCCUUAAUCAGCAGUGCUGAGGAGUCUGACGCUACAGACAACUCUGUCGGACUCAUGUUCUCGUUCAGCCCAGAUUUCCGACUCGAGUUCGAUAUCAAGUCGCUGAUCGGCUCCCGUACAAAGCUAGAAAACAUUCCUCGCAUAAGUUCUAUUAUCGAAAACACCUUGAGAAACUGGUUCAUAGAGAGAUGCAUCGAGCCUCGCUUCCAAUUUAUCAAACUGCCUAGCCUGUGGCCGCGCAAGAAAACGACUCGUCAAACGAGCACUGGCGAUGAAGACGAAACCAUAUAGACUCAGAACGGAUCUUCAUAAGGAUCAUCCUCAUCGUAGUCGUCAUCUUUUUCAAACUCGUAAACAAUGGCGCCUCCCACGGCUCCCAAGGACUGCUGCGCCUGCAAGAAUGGAAGGUCUACCUGUUCACGAGCCAGCUUCUGUUUCUGUGUGGUGGUCAAGUUAAAAGUCGUGAGAUUCUCCAACAGCUCGGCGUCGUCUCCGGCGACAACACGUUCCUGCUUGACUUCGUAUGCGUGAGUUAGUGUAUCUAUAAUAAAUGCAUACUCCAAAGCGCGGCCCGAUUUCCUUCUGUAAGUCAUCUUUGUCUCGAAAACUGGCUUGUUUGACACCCCAACCGGAAUCUCCAGCUUGUGAGACGCAACUUCCAGCUCCUCGUCUGUCAGUGACGAGUUUGCAGGCUUUAGCUCGAAAACUGUCGUUGCCAUGAACAGCAGCCUUUGAAGAGCGGUUGGCAUGUUCUGAGAGCCAGGCGCAGAAACCUGAGGAAUUGAAGUAUGGUAAGUUGCGCAGAGGACUGUAGUGGGCGAUAUUACCCCACGCAGGAAACUAUUAAGCUGAUUUUCAGGAAUAUAGUUGAUCGAAUCGAUGAUCACUAACUGUUUUGUAUUCUUGGCAACUUUUGCAAUAAUUUCCUCGGGAGACAGUUCGUCGCAAAACACAAACUCGUCCACUUCGGGUCGGUUGAGAGUCUCAAAGGAUAAGUAUGUGAUAGGAACGGAUUCGCU